CCGUCCCCGCCGCUGUGUCUGCCGGCGAUGGCGUCCCUUCUCAGAGCGGCGGUGCCCCUGCGCACCCUCGCGACCCGUGCGCUGCACACCGAGGCAGCGCAUACACCAGCCACGACACCACACGCGCUCUCCCUCAUCCGCUCGCAACCCUCGCAGUACGUCGUCGCCUCCGUUGCCGGCAGAAAAUACCUGCUCGCACCCCGCGACCUCCUCACGGUGCCCCGCCUCAAGGACGUGCAGGUUGGCGACGUCCUGGCGCUCUCGCAAAUCCACGAGGUCGGUUCGCGCGAGUUCACUAUGCGCGGCAGUCCCACGAUCCCGCCAGAAAAGGUCAAUGUCGAGGCGACCGUCGUGGAGCACACCAAGGGCAGGAUGGAGGUCAUCUUCAAGAAGAAGAGGAGAAAAGGCUACCAAAAGACCAUUAAGCACAAGCAGACAUACACGCGUCUCAGAAUCGGGUCCAUUGAUAUCAUAGACCAGUAGGAUAGCUAAUUGACAGCCAUUUUUCUACAACGAU